UUUUAAAGGAGCUGCAGGUUGCCUUUGAAGCGGCGGGUCGAGGGGACCCCAGAGACAGAGGGACUGCUGGCUGUUGUAGGGCAUUGUUGAGGUUGAAGUCCUAUGGAUGACAUCAUCAUCACAGGAAUGUCCCGAUCAGCAUUUCUCUGCCCAUUGAGGGAAAAUAGAGACAUCCUUUUGAUCAAUGGCCAGCAGUAGUCUCUCUUUAGGUGUCUGACAAAGCAGAGGGCCAUUCCUGCAGACUCCACAGGCAUAUGGGGCCUCAGGAUGGGGGGCUGGCCCAUAAGCAAUGUCCUUGCCUGCAGAAUUGCUUCUACCAAAAGUGUAGACUGUUUUGCAAACAUCAGAUUUGUUCUCUAACUCUUCAGAGAAACUAAUUUUUCUCCCGGUCUCUCAGCACUGUAGCUCCAUCCAAGUCUUCCCCUGUUUCAGUGUCUGGACUGUGUACUGAACUGAGCUCAUUAAGAUUCCUUUCCAGUGCAGCAGAGCAGCAUAAAAGAUCCCCCCCAAUGCCCCAGUUUAUUUAGCACUGAUUCAGAAACUUAGAAACUCAGAAGCAUAUCUGCCAGCUUCUUGUCGAAGUUGGUUACUUUUAAAUUCCUGGUUUCCUCGCAAAGCUAUUAUGCCCUCCCUGGAGGCUUGACUGAAAGAUGUUAAACUCUCCGACACAGAAGAGCAAGUGCGUUCAGGGAGGAGAAAAAGACCCCCCCACACUGAGUCGUAAACACUGAAGUCCAUCAGGGCCUGUUUUUCCUACCCCAGCUGCACAAGCGUCUGCAUCUCCGGGGCAAUCCAGAUUAUUUGAAAGAGAAAACACUUCAUCUUUAGCAGUGCCACAUCUUGAGUGAAUGACUCUCUCUCUUUCUCUUGUCUCAUUCGCCCUCUCAGCGUGCCUAUACGGACAAGGUAUCGUAUUUCUAAAUUCUUUUGUCGUUGUUCCUGGGUUUGCUGUGUUUAAGGUGCUGUCUUGUCUCACAUUUCUCAGUAGUCGCUUUUCUUCUGUACAGGCUUUCUUUAUGUCCGUUAUGUCUCUGCUGGGCGUUUGUUUACUUCAGUUUCUAACUGAACUCGGAUCUUUUACGUUUUACUUACUCAUUAACUGCUCAGUUAUAUAUUUACAUCCUAACAUGAAGGUAAUCGAAGUCUCCACACUGUCAAGAGCAAAAUUCUGGGGACACAAUACUGAGCCCAUGUUUGUUUAUUAUUUUGUUGUCUUAAAAGUAGUCUGAUUUAAACAUAUUGAGUCUAAAAAUAAUGAACCGCCUUAUAAAAUACACAUUAUGUGUACAUUUUUAAUGGCAAUUGCAGGUUGCUGAACCUAAAAUCUGAGUAACAUAGAUUAAAAUAUUAAAAUAGAAUACAAAGGAUCUGACCUCAGUUUCCUCCUGACUGUUAUAAUUUUUUCAAGGUAUUUAGCUUUGUGUUGCUUUUGGGCAAACAACUUAGAAUCCAUCUGUUCAACCAGGUCAGACUAAUUAGUUGCAGGCAGAUCUAAUGAUUCAGUCCUUAUCUCCACACACUCCCACACCUGAUUGCUGUGCUGUAACUCUCAGACAAGAGUGUGCUACCAAAUAGCCCUCUGCUAUUUAUAGACAGCACUGUGCAUACCCACCCAGCUCCAUAUUUUUAUCCCCCACCAGCAUGUAUCCGGCUGGAGGGAUAGCUGCAAGCAUAUACACCAACAGGCUGCGGGCAGAGGGCAUGGGCACCAAGGAGCAGGCUGUGAUCUUCUCCAACCAGGACUAUGAGGCACUGAAGCAGCAAUGUGUGGAGUCGGGCUGCCUGUUUGAAGACCCCUGCUUCCCCGCUGAGCCUCCCUCCCUGGGCUUCAAGGAGCUCGCCCCCUAUUCCUCCAAAACUAGAGAUGUGGAGUGGAUGAGGCCCACGGAACUGACGGAUGACCCUCAGUUCAUUGUGGGUGGGGCCACCAGAACGGACAUCUGUCAGGGAGCGCUGGGCGACUGCUGGCUGUUAGCAGCCAUCGCAUCUCUCACCCUGAAUGAGAAGCUUCUUCAUCGAGUUGUCCCACAUGGGCAGUCCUUCCAAGAUGACUAUGCUGGAAUCUUCCACUUCCAGUUCUGGCAGUUCGGCGAAUGGGUGGACGUUGUGAUAGAUGACAGAUUGCCUGUCAAAGACGGGGAGCUGAUGUUUGUCCACUCUGCUGAGGGCAAUGAAUUCUGGAGUGCACUCCUGGAGAAGGCUUAUGCCAAGCUGAACGGCUCCUAUGAGGCUCUGUCUGGAGGAAGCACCACAGAAGGGUUUGAAGACUUCACAGGUGGUGUGUCUGAGAUGUACGAGCUCCGCAGCGCACCCAGAGAUCUGCACAAGAUCAUUGGCAAAGCCCUGGAGAGAGGCUCUCUGCUGGGCUGCUCCAUCGAUAUCACCAGUGCCUUCGACAUGGAGGCUGUUACGUUCAAGAAGCUUGUGAAGGGCCACGCCUACUCAGUCACUGGACUGAAGGAGGUUGAUUUCCGUGGCAACAUGGAACGCCUGAUCCGAGUCCGUAACCCGUGGGGCCAGGUGGAGUGGACCGGUGCCUGGAGUGACAACUCCUCUGAGUGGGAUGAGAUUGACCCCUCUGAGCGAGAAGACCUGCAUCUUCAGAUGGAAGAUGGGGAGUUUUGGAUGUCCUUCAAUGAGUUCAAGAGGCAGUUUUCUCGGCUGGAGAUCUGUAACUUGACCCCUGACGCUCUGAGCGAGGACGGCCUCAGCUACUGGAACACCAUGAAGUUCUACGGCACGUGGAGGAGAGGCAGCACUGCCGGAGGCUGCAGGAACCAUCCCAACACGUUUUGGAUCAACCCUCAGUACAAGAUCACGUUGCUGGAGGAGGAUGAUGACCCAGAAGACGAUGAGGUGGCGUGCAGCUUUUUAGUAGCCCUCAUGCAGAAGGACCGCCGCAGAUAUCGCCGCCACGGUCAGGACAUGCACACCAUUGGCUUUGCUAUCUAUGAGAUUCCAGAAGAGUACAGAGGCUGCCAGAAUGUCCAUUUGAAGAAAAAUUUCUUUUUGAGCAAUUCAUCGUGUGCCCGCUCGGAGACCUUCAUUAACCUGCGAGAGGUGAGCACACGGCUGCGCCUGCCCCCUGGAGAGUACCUCAUCGUCCCCUCCACCUUCGAGCCCAACAGGGAGGCUGACUUUGUCCUCAGAGUCUUCACUGAGAAGCAGUCAGAAACAGAAGAACUGGAUGAUGAAAUCUCUGCUGAUUUAGGAGAUGAGGAUGAAAUAACUGAAGACGACAUUGAUGACUCCUUUAAGUCCAUGUUCGCUCAGUUAGCUGGAGAGGACAUGGAGAUUUCUAUUCAUGAACUUAGGACCAUCCUAAACAGAGUUGUCACCCGGCACAAGGAUCUUAAAACUGAUGGCUUCAGUAUGGAAUCAUGCAGGACCAUGAUCAACCUGAUGGAUAAAGAUGGCAGCGCCCGUUUAGGGCUGGUGGAGUUUCAGAUCCUCUGGAACAAGAUCCGAAAAUGGCUGGUCAUAUACAGACAGUUUGACAUUGAUAAGUCAGGGGCCAUGAGCUCAUAUGAGAUGCGUCUUGCUGUGGAGGCAGCAGGUUUUAAACUGAAUAACAGACUGAACCAGAUUCUGGUAGCCCGAUAUGCAGAGAAUGAGAUGAUUGACUUCGACAACUUCAUCUGCUGCUUGGUCAAGCUUGAGGCCAUGUUUAGGUAUUUCCGGCAGUUCGACAAGGAGGGGUCAGGAGAGGCUGAGAUGAAUAUCACAGAGUGGCUUUACCUGACAAUGUGUGGUUGAAGAGGACCGUCUUCACUGAAGGAGGGUACAGUGCGUGCAGACUGCCAUGAACCUGUAACCCCGAAGACCCCUCAGCCUUAGUUGACUUGUUGAUCCUUUAACACAUCCCACCUCAACGUAGCAAACGUAGCAAAAGAGCUAAUAACCGAAAAACAAAGUCCAGCCAAGCUAAGUGUCUCCAGGCGGAAUUCGCUGUGCAACUAUGCAAACCUACAGCAUGAAGCAGUCACUGGGCCACAUGAGGUCAUCUCUGUAAAAACAACAUGAGUCCAUGCACGACAAAAAUCACCGUAAUGUGCAUCGUGAGUUUAUUUUAUAUUUCUACAUUUUAGCUUUGCUGUCUGUGUGAAUGUCAUCUGAUUUACUAACAAUAAUUUCACUGUUAUUUCAAAAUCUCAUGAAGUAACACAAAACAUAAAUCUGAAGAAGUCUGUUACUGUGGUGUUUUCAAAGGUGAAGUCUUAUGGUUUCUCUUAAUCAUUCUGCACUCACGUUUCCAGAUUUUAGACCAGAAAGAUUUUUACCAGGAAAUAAUUGCCUCAGUGUUAAGUCGGUAGUUUCAUUCAUCUACCUGUAGGUGGCAGUACAGACCUGUUCUAAUAUCACUGAUUUUAUUUUAUUUUUUUUAUGUUUUUGGGCAUUUGAUACUGAAGUUUAACCUGUUUUUACAAUACAACAAACAAUUCUUCUGUUAAAGUUGAAGUCAAGCAGCUGACCCUUGUUUAGUUUUACUUGAUUUGUUUUCUUUCUGCACUGAGAUUUUAGUUUAAGGAAGCUACCAGUGCAGUUGCCUCAACUUAGUGAGAAAUACUCAACAUUUACAGGGAUCACACUAUACUGAAUGCCUUAUAAACGACACCAUGAUUUUAUAAGCAGCUAUUGAAAACAUGCUUGUUAUGAGUUUUGCGUUGUGAAUGUAUGUUGU